UGUGUUAUAUCAUGAGUGCCAUGAGCGUGGAGCAACAUCCGAGAUGGAAGCGAUCGUCGCGAAGGUCGCGAACAAGUUGUGUUUGUAGCUGAUGUGCUUUUCUUGCGCACGCGAAUACGCGAACGAAACGAAAUUGAGAGUUGUGCGAAUCGAGACCGAAAUCGGAUUACUUGCACAAAUGGACUGUGGUGAAGAACUAAAGAAAUCAUGUCUAGGCUAGAUGAGCAAUUACCGACACGAACACUACUCUUCCUUCAAUGGUCGAAUCGUGGACAUUCAGUUCUUCGACUUCUUCGCAGCAUCGCAGCACAACUGUCUCGGCUUCUUAGCUACGAUGAUCCGCAUUACUUUAACAACGUUGCUCUGCUUGCAGGCUACCAAACAUCUAGCUGCUCAACAAAGUGGUGAUACUGCUCAUCAAGGACCAGCGCAUUUAUUGGAUGACCCAAUCAGUGCUGAAACAGGAUUUGCUAGCGCUGUUCAAGCAGGAUCGAAAUAUUUCCAAGAUUUAUACAUGGCUCAGGAAUCACCUGAAGAAUUAGAGUUUGGUCAUGUGCGGGAAACACCACAUGACUGGGAACAACGCUACGAAAAGAUGAACCUGAGGAAUUUAAAGCGACAGGGAAAGGUAAGAUGGGGUGACAAACACGGAGGGUACGGCGAACACUACUGGGACUACAACCAUGAUGGUCAUCAUGAUGGUGACGGUGAAGAAUCCCAACAUGAACCGCAAUAUGCCGAACCAGAGAUUCCACUUGCCCCAAUCACUUCCUCUUCCUCUCAGAACAGCAGAUACAAACGUGGACAUCUGGUUGAUUCAGAUGUAGAAUUCAUCGGUGGUGAAGAAGGACGUAAAAAGGCCGCGCUCAGCGGGCCACAUGGUGGAAACUAUCGUAGACAUCCACGCGUUGAACGAAUUCGCCGACAGUUCGGUGACGAAGACUACUAAACUCUGUU